AUGGAGAGGAUAGGUGCGAAUACCGUCAGAGCACCCGAGGAAAUACAACGGGAUAUUCCAUCACGGCCUUUGUGCAAAAAAAAAAAAGAAAAGGAAAUAAUUUCAAAAUGUCUCACAACCCGACGCGCAAGGGAGACGCAGCCCGGAAAGCUGGUCUCGCAUGGUGCCGCAUACAGUGUCAGCACAGUGUACAUAUCUGCGCACACGGUACCUCGCGGUGCCAGUAACUCUGUGGUCCGCACGGAGGCCAGUCAGUACCUGAUUAGUUAG